CUGCUUUAAAAAGCUCCAAGGUAAGUGGGAGCUGGACUGGUCUUUGAAGAGGGACACUGGCCACGUCGCCUCAGCUGCUGCUGCUGACUCUGAACUGUCCUACUUCCAGGCUACAUCUUCUCGCUUGCUAACAAGGACCUCUGAGUACAGCAGCCAUGAGUGCUGACUCUGAGAUGGCUGUUUUUGGGGAGGCUGCUCCUUUCCUCCGAAAGUCUGAAAAGGAGCGCAUUGAGGCCCAGAAUAGGCCUUUUGAUGCCAAGACAUCUGUCUUUGUGGCGGAGCCCAAGGAAUCCUUUGUCAAAGGAACUAUUCAGAGUAGAGAAGCAGGAAAAGUGACUGUGAAAACUGAAGCGGGAGCGACCCUGACAGUGAAGGAUGAUCAGGUGUUCCCAAUGAACCCUCCCAAAUUUGACAAGAUCGAGGACAUGGCCAUGAUGACUCACCUGCAUGAGCCUGCGGUGCUGUACAACCUCAAAGAGCGUUACGCAGCCUGGAUGAUCUACACCUACUCGGGCCUCUUCUGUGUCACUGUCAACCCCUACAAGUGGCUGCCGGUGUACAACCCCGAGGUGGUGGGUGCCUACAGAGGCAAAAAGCGCCAGGAGGCCCCGCCCCACAUCUUCUCCAUCUCGGACAAUGCCUAUCAGUUCAUGCUGACUGACCGGGAGAAUCAGUCGAUCCUGAUCACUGGAGAAUCCGGUGCAGGGAAGACUGUGAACACGAAACGUGUCAUCCAGUACUUUGCAACAAUUGCGGUUACUGGUGACAAGAAGAAGGAGGAACAAACUUCUGGCAAAAUUCAGGGGACUCUGGAAGAUCAAAUCAUCAGUGCCAACCCCCUACUGGAGGCCUUUGGCAAUGCCAAGACUGUGAGGAAUGACAACUCCUCUCGCUUUGGUAAAUUCAUCAGAAUCCACUUUGGCACUACAGGAAAACUAGCUUCUGCUGAUAUUGAAACAUAUCUGUUAGAGAAGUCUAGAGUUACCUUCCAGCUUAAAGCUGAAAGAAGCUAUCAUAUCUUUUAUCAGAUCACUUCAAACAAGAAACCAGAACUAAUUGAAAUGCUUCUGAUCACUACAAACCCAUAUGAUUACCCAUUUGUCAGCCAAGGGGAGAUCAGUGUGCCCAGCAUUGAUGAUCAGGAAGAGCUCAUGGCCACAGAUAGUGCUAUUGAUAUUCUGGGCUUUACUAAUGACGAGAAGGUCUCCAUUUACAAGCUCACCGGGGGUGUGAUGCAUUAUGGCAACAUGAAAUUCAAGCAAAAGCAGCGUGAGGAGCAAGCAGAACCAGAUGGCACUGAAGUUGCUGACAAGGCCGCCUAUCUGCAGGGUCUGAACUCUGCUGACCUGCUCAAAGCCCUUUGCUUCCCUAGGGUCAAGGUCGGCAAUGAGUAUGUCACCAAAGGCCAGACUGUAGAGCAAGUGACCAACGCAGUGGGUGCUCUGGCCAAGGCUGUCUAUGAGAAGAUGUUCCUGUGGAUGGUCACCCGCAUCAACCAGCAGCUGGACACCAAGCAGCCCAGGCAGUACUUCAUCGGGGUCUUGGACAUCGCGGGCUUUGAGAUCUUUGAUCUCAUCGAGAAGCCCAUGGGCAUCUUCUCCAUCCUGGAGGAGGAGUGCAUGUUCCCCAAGGCAACAGACACCUCCUUCAAGAACAAGCUGUAUGACCAGCACCUGGGCAAGUCUGCCAACUUCCAGAAGCCCAAGGUGGUCAAAGGCAAAGUUGAGGCCCACUUCUCGCUGAUUCACUAUGCUGGCACGGUGGACUAUAACAUUAAUGGUUGGCUGGAGAAGAACAAGGACCCCCUAAAUGAUACUGUGGUAGGGCUGUACCAGAAGUCUUCCUUGAAAACUUUAGCUAACCUCUUCUCUGGCGCUCAAACUGCUGAAGCAGAGGCAAGUGGUGGUGCCAAGAAGGGUGGCAAGAAGAAGGGCUCUUCUUUCCAGACAGUGUCUGCCCUUUUUAGAGAGAAUUUGAACAAGCUGAUGACCAACCUCAGAAGUACCCAUCCUCAUUUUGUGAGGUGCAUCAUCCCCAAUGAAACUAAAACUCCUGGUGCCAUGGAGCAUGAACUUGUCCUGCACCAGCUGAGGUGUAACGGUGUGCUGGAAGGCAUCCGCAUCUGCAGGAAAGGAUUCCCAAGCAGAAUCCUUUAUGCAGACUUCAAACAGAGAUACAAGGUAUUAAAUGCAAGUGCUAUCCCUGAAGGACAAUUCAUCGACAGCAAGAAAGCUUCUGAGAAGCUCCUUGGGUCCAUUGACAUUGACCACACCCAGUAUAAAUUUGGUCACACCAAGGUAUUUUUCAAAGCUGGUCUUCUGGGGCUCCUAGAGGAGAUGAGAGAUGACAAGUUGGCUCAACUGAUUACACGAACCCAGGCCAUGUGCAGAGGGUUCUUGGCAAGAGUGGAGUACCAGAAGAUGGUGGAGAGGAGGGAGUCCAUCUUCUGCAUCCAGUACAACAUCCGCGCCUUCAUGAACGUCAAGCACUGGCCCUGGAUGAAACUCUUCUUUAAGAUCAAGCCCCUACUCAAAAGUGCAGAGACAGAGAAGGAGAUGGCCACUAUGAAGGAAGAGUUCCAGAAAACCAAAGACGAACUUGCCAAAUCAGAAGCAAAAAGGAAAGAACUGGAAGAAAAGAUGGUGUCACUGUUGAAAGAAAAAAAUGACUUGCAGCUCCAAGUUCAGGCUGAAGCUGAAGGCUUAGCUGAUGCAGAGGAAAGAUGUGACCAACUGAUCAAAACCAAAAUCCAACUUGAAGCCAAAAUCAAGGAGGUGACUGAAAGAGCUGAGGAUGGAAACCUAGAAAAGAUGUGCCGUACUCUUGAGGACCAACUGAGUGAACUCAAAUCAAAGGAAGAAGAGCAGCAGCGGCUGAUCAAUGACUUGACAACCCAGAGGGGACGCUUGCAGACCGAAUCGGGUGAAUUUUCACGCCAGCUUGAUGAAAAAGAAGCUCUGGUGUCUCAGUUAUCAAGAGGCAAACAAGCAUUUACACAACAGAUUGAGGAAUUAAAGAGGCAACUCGAAGAGGAAGUUAAGGCCAAGAACGCCCUGGCCCACGCGCUGCAGUCCUCCCGCCACGACUGUGACCUGCUUCGGGAGCAGUACGAGGAGGAGCAGGAAUCCAAGGCUGAACUGCAGAGGGCGCUGUCCAAGGCCAACAGUGAGGUUGCCCAGUGGAGGACCAAAUAUGAGACGGACGCCAUCCAGCGCACCGAGGAGCUGGAGGAGGCCAAGAAGAAGCUGGCCCAGAGGUUACAGGCUGCUGAGGAGCAUGUAGAAGCUGUGAAUGCCAAAUGUGCUUCCCUGGAGAAGACGAAGCAGAGGCUGCAGAAUGAGGUGGAGGACCUCAUGCUGGAUGUGGAGAGAACCAACGCUGCCUGUGCAGCCCUGGACAAGAAGCAAAGGAACUUCGAUAAGGUCUUGGCAGAAUGGAAGCAGAAAUAUGAGGAAACGCAUGCUGAACUAGAGGCAUCCCAGAAGGAGGCCCGCUCUCUGGGCACUGAACUGUUCAAGAUGAAGAAUGCCUAUGAGGAAUCCUUGGAUCAGCUAGAGACCCUGAAGAGAGAAAACAAAAACUUGCAGCAGGAGAUUUCUGACCUCACGGAGCAGAUUGCAGAAGGAGGGAAACGUAUCCAUGAACUAGAGAAAAUAAAGAAACAAGUGGAACAAGAAAAGUGUGAACUUCAGGCUGCCUUAGAAGAAGCAGAGGCAUCUCUCGAACAUGAAGAAGGAAAGAUCCUGCGCAUCCAGCUUGAGUUGAACCAAGUCAAGUCUGAAAUCGACAGGAAAAUUGCUGAGAAGGAUGAAGAAAUUGACCAACUGAAGAGAAACCACAUUAGAAUUGUAGAGUCCAUGCAGAGCACACUGGAUGCUGAGAUCAGGAGCAGGAAUGAUGCCAUCAGGCUCAAGAAGAAGAUGGAGGGAGACCUCAAUGAAAUGGAAAUCCAGCUGAACCACGCCAACCGCAUGGCAGCCGAGGCCCUGAGGAACUACAGGAACACCCAAGGCAUCCUCAAGGACACCCAGCUGCACCUGGAUGACGCUCUCCGGGGCCAGGAGGACCUGAAGGAGCAGCUGGCCAUGGUUGAGCGCAGAGCCAACCUGCUGCAGGCUGAGAUUGAGGAGCUUCGGGCCACACUGGAGCAGACAGAGAGGAGCAGGAAAAUCGCAGAGCAGGAGCUCCUGGAUGCCAGUGAGCGUGUCCAGCUCCUCCACACUCAGAACACAAGCCUAAUCAACACCAAGAAGAAGCUAGAGACAGACAUUUCCCAAAUUCAGGGGGAGAUGGAGGACAUCGUCCAGGAAGCCCGAAAUGCAGAAGAGAAGGCCAAGAAGGCCAUCACUGACGCUGCCAUGAUGGCUGAGGAGCUAAAGAAGGAGCAGGACACCAGUGCCCACUUGGAGCGAAUGAAGAAAAACAUGGAACAGACAGUGAAAGACCUGCAGCUUCGUUUGGAUGAGGCCGAGCAGUUGGCACUGAAGGGCGGCAAGAAGCAGAUCCAGAAACUGGAAGCCAGGGUGCGUGAGCUGGAAGGAGAGGUGGAGAGUGAGCAAAAGCGUAAUGUUGAGGCUGUCAAAGGUCUGCGCAAACAUGAGAGGCGAGUGAAGGAGCUCACAUACCAGACGGAAGAAGAUCGGAAAAAUAUUCUCAGGCUUCAGGAUCUGGUAGAUAAACUUCAGGCAAAAGUGAAAUCUUACAAGAGACAAGCUGAGGAGGCUGAGGAACAAUCCAACACAAAUCUAUCCAAAUUCCGCAAGCUCCAGCAUGAACUGGAGGAAGCUGAGGAAAGGGCUGACAUUGCUGAGUCCCAGGUCAACAAACUACGUGUGAAGAGCCGGGAGGUUCACACGAAAGUCAUAAGUGAAGAGUGAUCAAGCCCUGAUGCUGUGGAAUGACUGGAGAAAGGCACAAAAUGUGAAGUCUUUGGUCAUUUCCCUUUGUAAUUUUGUCUAUUCUACCCUAUUGCAAAGGAAAUAAAAAGCAGAGGGUACUUUGCAAAUAAGA